UCUAGUCUCGUGUCUGUGAGUUCAGCGGCAGCGAUGGCGGCUCCGUGUCGUUCUCAGGUCGUUUCUCUUUACAAAAUGCUCCUCCGGGAGAGCACAAAGUUUCCUUCGUACAACUACAGGACGUACGCUCUGCGGCGGGUGCGUGAUGCGUUCAGGGAGAAUCAGACGGUCCAAGACCCGGACCUGAUCCAGGGUCUGAUCCAGGAGGGACACCGGAACCUGCAGAUCAUCCAGAGACAGGUCGUCGUGGGGCAGUUGUACGCGACGCAGAAACUCAUCGUGGAGUGAAACCGCCGACCACCUCGUGACAUCACACACACCUCAGCCAAUCACAGGCCUCCGACAGACACACACGGGCCCGAGGCAUCAUGGGAAAUGGAGUCUGCGGUGUUCAACAAACUCAGAGGGAAAACGUCUGUGAUCGAAGAGGAUACGACCCUCACCUGACCCUCACCUGACCCUCACCUGACCUCACCUGACCCUCACCUGACCCUCACCUGACCUUCACCUGACCCUCACCUGACCCUCACCUGACCCUCACCUGACCCUCACCUGACCUUCACCUGACCCUCACCUGACCCUCACCUGACCCUCACCUGACCCUCACCUGACCCUUGACCCUCACCUGACCCUCACCUGACCCUCACCUGACCCUCUGGCUUCCUGUUUCCUGUUUCCUGAAGCCGUGUUUGUUUUAAAGCUGCAUUCUGUACUUUUCCCACCGCUCGUCUGCACAUUCUCUGCAAAUUUCCUCAAGUCUUUAUAUCGUCCGAAACACUUUAUCAAAACGCACAGACGUUCUUCCUGCGAGCGCCGUCGCCUCUCCGCAGAUCUGACCUGUCACACAAGACAAGGAAAAGCUCCGCAGUGCAGCUUUAAAAGUGAAACACGUGAAAGUUUGAUUUCCUGUGUUUGUGUUUUUGUUUUUCUCGUUUGUUUGUCGGAGCCUCAGAUCCACGUUUAAACUCACCUCACAUUAUUAUUAUUAUUAUUAUUUUAUUUUAUUAUUAUUAUUUUAUUUUAUUAUUAUUUUAUUUUAUUAUUUUAUUUUAUUAUUUUAUUAUUAUUACAGAUUUAAUUCCAGUUUAUUUCUGUAGAACAUUUAAACGAUUGAGCUGCUUCACAGAAACACGAUGAAAGAUGAUUCCAUUAUUAGAUUAUGUUUAUAUCUUUCUUCUGCUCUCACUCUCUUCACGAGGCAGGUUUCCAGGAUCAUGGAAAUCCUGGAAAAGUCCUGGAGUUUUCAUGUCUGUUUCACUUCGCUCCAGUGCCUGUUCAGUUUUCAUGAGUCUUUUGUGAUUCUUUCUGAACGUCUUUAGUUUUAAAGAGACGAAAGUAAAAACACCGACAGGAUUUAAAAUGUUCCAAAACUAGAAUCAGACGAAACAGGAAACACAAGGUUUUUAUAAACGCACAAAAACAGAAACAACUAAAUAAAAAUGGAAAUACACAGAACUCAGACGAACAAACGCUUUUAUUAUUUUGAAAUGACGUUUCAGCAAAAAAGAAAAAAAAAGCCUUGAGUUGGAAAUUUUUCUUGCAUUGGUCACAGUCCGACGACAGAUAAAUGUGUCCAAAACAAGAAAAUAAAAUGUCCAACUUAGGCUUUUUUUUUUUUUUUUAUUUCUGAAAUGUUAUUUAAAAAUAAUAAAAGCUUUUGGAAUCUGCCUGUGUGUCGUUCAUUUGUUUGUUUUUCAAAAUAAAACCAAAAAUAAGAAAAUAAAAAAACAAAUAUUUACAACUUUUAUUAUUUGUCUCCAAAAUCAAAAUAAAAAACACAUAAAGAUUAAAUUUUUCAGUUUUCAAUGUUGUGUUUAAAUGAAAAAUGGAAAAAACGGAGAAUGGACUAAACCAGGAUUAAAACAGGACUAAAACAGGUCCAGCACCAGACCAGAACCAGACCGGGACUGAGACCAGGACUGAAAACUGUUUAGUCCUGUUUUAGUCCUGGUUCAGUCCUGGUUUAGACCUGGUUUAGUCCUGGUUUAGACCUGAUUUAGUCCUGGUUUAGACCUGAUUUAGUCCUGGUUUAGACCUGGUUUAGUCCUGGUUUAGAUCUGGUUUAGUCCUGAUUUAGACCUGAUUUAGUCCUGGUUUAGACCUGGUUUCAGUCCUGGUUUAGACCUGGUUUAGUCCUGGUUUAGAUCUGGUUUAGUCCUGGUUUAGACCUGGUUUUAGUCCGGGUUUAGUCCUGGUUUUAGUCCGUUCUCCGUUUUUAAAUUUUUCAUUUAAACACAAAAUCAAAAACUGAAAAAAUAAAUCUUUAUGUGUUUUUUCAUUUUGGUUUUGGAGACAAAUAAUGAAGAAAAUAUUUGUUUUUUACAUUUUCUUAUUUUUGGUUUUAUUUUGAAAAACAAAUGAACGACACAUUGAUUUUUUUGGGCAUUUGAGUUUUUUCACUUUUCAUUUAAAAAAACUACAAAUACAAACCAUAAAGUGAGAGGAAAGAGAUUUAACAUUGCAGAAAGUCUGAUCAGUUUUACACAUGGAGGUGCUGGAAAGUCAUGGAAAAUUCACUUUAGUCAUGAAAAAGUCAUGGAAAAGUUUGGAAAGAAGAAAAAGAGCGAAACCCUGGACGAGUCUGAACUUUUAAACUCAGAGGAGAUUUAAUCCUCAGACCAUGAGUUGGGUUUUUGGUGUUUUUGGUUGUAGUUUUUCUCGUGUCGCGUCGGCUUCGUCUCUGGACUUUCGUCUUGUUGAUUCUGUUGCGACACAAAGGUGAUAUUUUCAGAAUCAUGUUUAAAGUUAAAUAAAUAUUUGCUUUUCUCUAAA